AAUGGCGGCAGCAUCUUAGCAGGCAGGAAGUUGGUAAGAGAGAGAAAAGAUUUGCCUGACUGUGAGCACUCAGAUUGCUAUUCCUCACAAAUAUAUCCUUCUCCUUGACUUUCUGAAGGCUUUCAGAUGCCACACAGAAGACUGGCUAGAACUCUUUUUCAUCUGAUUUCAUGGCUUUUUCACAAGCUUUUGUCUUUAGUGCUCCCAACACAAAGGCUUCAAGUACAUGGGUUGAACCCCCAGUUUAUUUUUUUACUGUAUUUCCUCACAGUGUAUUCUCUUACAUGUGCAUUUGCUAAACUUCCUCCUAACUUAGACAGUACAAUGAAAUCUGCACCUUUUGCUCAUUUGUUAAAGAAAAGAUCUACAAAUUUUAUGCGGUAUGGAUUUGCAGUGUGUGAGCUUCCUCUGUAUGAAAUAUGUUCCCAAAAUGUAUCCAGAAUCCAGUGUUCAGUAUUAGGAUGUUGCUUCCAUAAACAAAUUUGCUACAAGAAAGCGGUGCCAGAGUAUAUGCAAGUGUUCAUCAUCUUGAUACUGCUCAUCAUGGGAGUCUUCGUUUUAUUUGUAUUCUUCUGUUUUCUGGUGGAGAAGAGGAGAAGAAAGAACAUGAGUCGACAGAAAAAUGCAUCAGAACUGUACCCCACUGCUAUUGAUUUUAAUGAAGAAGACAAGGAAAGAAAAAAUAAUUCUGAUUCAAAAAGUGAAACUCAAACUACUGGUGAGGAUGGAUGAAAGAUGAUACAGGAAGAAUUGGAAUAAGAGAAAAGAAAAAAAAUGAUCCAGUGUUAAUAUGGAGUCCCGGUAUUGUAUACUCCUCCAUUUUACACGGUGUAUCUCGUAUAACACUCCUUAGAACCCUCCCCAAAUAUUACUUAUAAC